GAUCACUAAGCUGGAGGCUCGUUGGAGGUGGUGUACUUGAGCCUCACCAGAUCUUCUGGGUACAGAGGCAAUACCUUAACAGAAAGAGUACUGAGAAUUUGUACAACAGCUUUAAGAAUCUUCAGCACUAGGAGAUCUCAUGUCUCAAUCCCGGAGCCAUAGUGGGACUUUAUUAGAUCAGGCAGCAUUGUACAACAACUGAAUUAUCGUUCCUGCCAUCAGCGUACCAUUCCAUCAUAUUCUCUGUCUCUAUUAACUACAUCUUUCCAACUCUCUUUCUCUCUCUCUUUCACUUUCUCUCCAUCUCUCAUUUUCACUCUUAGUCCUGCUCUUCGUUUGGAAGAAAACUCAUUUAGGGGGGAAAGGAAGCUGUGGUGGAUCGAUAGAAUGAAUAAUAAAGCAGUAAGCCUGUGUAGAAAUCCAGAGUGAAGUCAAGAGGGACAGGGAAGAGGAAUAGAGUUUGUAUUCUAGUGAUUGUUUUACAAUCAGUCAGGAAUAUACCUUAGUUACACUGCCUGCUUUAUUGAUUAAAGCUUGUAUGAAUUAAUCAUACGCCAAGUCUCUUAUUCAAAUCCAAGAAAGGAUAUACUGUCUUUUGAUGGUUUGAUACUGUGUUUGGGACAUAAGUAUUUAUCUGAUUGGAAUAAGGAAAGUGUGAUUUUGGCAGAGCACUCCGAGCUUAUUACGCCAAUAGCACCCAAAUUUAGAUCCCAGUGACGACAUCAAAAGUUGUCAAGGCUGAAGAGAAGGCUAAUCUGCCGCAAGCUGCCGGACUCUCCACAGUCGACGUAGAAUGAAUACCUCUUAAACCUCAUCAUUGUACCAUCACUGUCUCGUAUUAGCUGGAUAAAGGAGAAUUCAAAAUGGAGAUUAUGGGGCUCAGCAUCUUUAUAAGUUUGUGCUCUGUUCUGCUGUUGUCCUUAGGGGCACCCAAGGCAGAGGGGUGUAGCUGUGAAGGGGCACACCCUCAACAACACUUCUGUCGAGCAUCCUAUGUGAUUGGAGCAAGGGUUCUAAAGAGAGACUACAUCCGUAAAAAUUCAGGUGGUAUUGGUUCCAGCACUGGACUAUUAGGAUCGGACCAUGCUGCCAUCGAGCCUCUAGGUGAGAGGACCCGUCCCUAUCCUGGAACUGGUCUCCAUCGUCUUCCAGAUGAAAGACUUCCAGACGAGCAGCUUGGCGAUGCAGGCAGACAGUGGCAGGACUUAGAACCCCUAGAACCUCUUCCUUACCCCGAUGGAUUAGAAGCUCCCAUUCUACCGGAAGCUGCAGAGCCUAUCCAAAAUGAUGGAUUAUUUGGGCCUAUUCCUCAGUCCGAUGGGCUCGGACCACUUCCUAAGAUGGAUGAUCUAGCACCCCUUCCACAACCUGCUGGACUACAGCCUCUACAACAACCUGAUGGUCUCCAACCCUUACCUUUUGAAGGUGGCCCUGAAGAGAUGGCUCAACCAGAAGGUUUAUUACCCUUGCCACAUCCAGAGGGCCUACAACCCCUCCCUGAAGAACAAUACAAACAAGAUAUUUUGCCACCUCUACCCUUACCAGAAGACUUGAAGCCUGUUGAGGAUACCAUCACCACACUUACAACAUCCCCUCCAGAAUCUGUGAUGACAGAUGGCAUCAACACCAUGACAACCCUUCCUCCCCAAGAGAAGCCUUCUAAUGAAACUGUCAUAACAGAGCCUGUUAUUGAUGUAGAACCUACAACCGAAGAGGAGCGUAGAAUCGAUCCUGAGAGCAUGGAAGCAUGGAACUACAAAAUCAUCUACACCCUCAAAAUAAGCCACAUCUACAAGACAGGGGUUGAACAGAAAGGUUGGAAAAUAGGCGAUGAGAUAGAGCUUGAGAGUCCUGCUGCUACCAGUCUUUGUGGCAAGACAGACAUCAAAACUGGAAAGAACUACCUCAUUGCAGGUUCAAGGGCAAACAGAGUGGUACUGUGUGACUGGGUACAAGAACAUCACAAACUAACAUCAAGACAGAAACAGGGACUCAAGACAGUCUAUGGAAAGUCCUGUGAUGUCUGCCAAAUCCAUUCCUGUACUUCAAGUAGACACUGCAAGAAACCAAAGCAGAACAGAGCAACUACCUGUCUCUAUGAUGCCUCUCAACUUCAAAUUGGAGAGCCUUACAGCCCCUAUGACUGCAUCGCAUCACAUUCACGGUGCACCUUGCGUCACGGUCACAAGUGCAAGUGGCAGAAGAACAAUGACUACCAUAAGUGCGUCAAACACCAGCUUCCUUAAAAAGAAAGAUACAGUUUCCUUGGUACUGGUGAAAAUAAAAUUAUUUGAUGAAAGGUUAGCACAGGACUUUGUCAAACAAGGUUUUCAACAAUUUUCAAAGUCUAAAGAACCGAAGCACAUAUAAACUGGUUUGAAAUAAAUUCAAACAUAUAUAGGCCUAAUAUCUAUCAUGGAUGCUGUGAAUAUUAUAGGAAACUGUAGAACUUAGUAAAAUAAUGAAAGUGUAAAAGUUUCAAGCUUACCUGAUUUUUUUUCUUAAAUAACCUUUAUAUUUUUGUUCACAUUCUUGAUUAUAAACAGUCACUUUUCUAGAAAUGUUUGUUUCUUACUGUAUCCAUUUUCAAUUUUAACAUGAUAAGUUGCUCAACAUGCAAUGCAAGUGAGCUGAAUUCAGAAGAAAUCUUUUAAUACCUUCCUAAACAUGUUUAUUAUACACUACAGUCACACAAACAAAGCAGAACCAAACAUCUAAUGAUGUAUUAUUGGAUAUAUUAUGUUCUUUGGUCAGUUUUUACCAGUGUGACAAUGGCAUUAUCAUUGCAACCGCUGUUGUAUCUAUCUAUGGGUGCGUUUAUGCACCACUUUUUUACCCUAGAAUCAUGAUCUGAAUCUUGAUUCAAAUCAUGAUUGCAGUUAGUGAAAAUAAACGUCUUUCA